GGACACUCCCAAGGGCGAGGGGAGGGCUCGGCUUCUCGCGCCUAGUUUCCCGGUCUCUCCUCGAGCCUGGGUCUCCGGGCUGCCCUCAGCGAGCGCCCAGGGGUGGCAGAGCCUCCGAAAGGUUUUCUCCAGGGAGAGGUGGCUUUUGAAGCUCUCCCCUAGCGAGUGUGGUGCGUGAUUUCAAGGCGCGAUGGCUGCAAAAGUGUUUGCGAUGCCUCCGAAGCCAAAGCAGUCCUUUAUCCUGAGAGUGCCUCCAAACUCCAAGCUAGGCCAAGACCUACUUCAAGAUGCUACCAACAGGCCCAAGACCAUCCACCAGCUGGUUCUGGAGCACUUCCUCACCUUCUUGCCCAAGCCAGGACUCCCCCAGCCCGAUCAGAAUGCCAAAGAGACCUUGGUGAUCAUGAAAGAUGUGAGCUCAAACUUUCAGAACAGAGUGCAACCUGGUCCCCUAGCGAACUUUCUGAGCAAAGAAGGAAUCCAGCAGGAACAGGAGACAGUAUCUGUGUGCUUGAAAGCUGAUUCUGAGGAUCUGGUGGUUUUUGAGGAUUUGAAUGUAUUUCACUCCCAAGAAGAAUGUGUGAACUUGGAUCCUAUGCAGGAGCCCACCUCAGAGAAGGAAGAAGACAGUAUUGGGGAGAUGAUGUUAAUGGCAGUCAAUGAUAGUAAUCCUGAGGGUGAAGAUCAUAUAGAAGAUUCUUCAGAUUGUGAUGAAAUGGAUUGUUUUGUGGUCUCUGAGCAACCUCUAGAUUGCCAUAAAGAAAAAACACUAAAUACAUCCAUUUCAAAUGAAAGGAAAAUGAGAGAUCUUUUAAUUACCAUUGAAAAUGAUACUCCACUAGAGGAACUCUCAAAAUUUGUGGAUAUCAAUAUUACUGCACUUAACCGAAAUCGGAGAUCAAGAAGAUGGUACACUUGUCCACUGUGUGGGAGACAGUUUAAUGAAAGUUCUUACCUUAUUUCCCACCAGAGGACUCAUACUGGAGAAAAACCCUAUGACUGUAGUCACUGUGGGAAAAGCUUCAAUCAUAAAACAAACCUUAAUAAACAUGAGCGAAUCCAUACAGGAGAGAAACCUUACUCAUGUUCAAAAUGUGGAAAAAAUUUUCGUCAAAAUUCUCAUCGUAGUCGCCACGAAGGAAUCCAUGUAAGGAAGAAGGUAUUUAAAUGUCCAGAAUGUGGGAAAACCUUCCCAGAAAACAAAGAAUUUGUGCUUCAUCUGCAGAGUCAUGUGGUUGAGAGGCCUUAUGGUUGCAAAAAAUGUGGGAGAAGAUUUGGUCGGCUGUCAAACUGUACCCGGCAUGAAAAAACCCACUCAGCAUGUAAGACCCGAAAGCAGAAGUGUGAUCGGGAAAGGUCCGAUGGUCCUGCCUCAACCUGAAAUGUUUCAUAAGGAAUUCUGAAUUCCCAGGCUAUCUGUAAAGAUACAGAUAUAUGAGACCCUCAUAAUAGCCCAAAUUAUAGCCUAUCUUGGCUAAACCUCAAAUUUUUAGAAAAUUCACAGGGAAGAAAAUGUCCUCAAGAUCUAUACCUCAUCUAGCAGCCAAGCUUUUGAGACUAAGGAGCUUUCCUUUGUGAGCUUAUACUACAAUGUACAGGUCACAUCUUUUUCCCAUGAAAAACUUCAAAUAUGAGUCUGGAGGUUGUUUACCUGCAAAGUGAACAGAGUAACUCUUGUGUACUGAAAGUAUAUCUUCUUUUACACACUUGAGAAGAUAGAAUGCAAAGAUCCUUUCUGGACUGGUAUUCUGAAAGACCCAAACUACUGAUUGUUAAGCCAACAGCUUAUAUUCGUGUAACCCUCUAAGAACACCCUUCAAAGCUUGAGUGUUGAAAGGGAUUGUUUUGCUUUGGAAUAUAGGAAAAUAUAGCAAUUGAAUAUCAAA